UAGUCGGCAGCACCGGCAAUAGCGCAGUGCAAUCCUUCAUUAGGGGCUUUGAAAUUCUAUUUAUUUUUUAAAUUAAGGCAAACCAGAAAGCAAGUUACUUUUGUAUCUGACAACGAGAGUGGUCCUGAGGUAGUCCAUGAGUAAGGCAGGCUGCAGAGAAGUUGUGAAUCCAGCCUGCUUCUCUGGGCAUCUACUGUAGCAGCCAUGGUGUGAUCAUUACAAUACAGACAGAAUCAUUGAAAACACCCCCCCAAAAAAGCAUAGCAGCAAACAGGAGCCCAGUAACAGCAGUAACAGUGGCAACAUGGCUCAAACCAAAAGACACAUGUACAGCCGGGUGCCGAGUAGCAGCAGCAGCAGGAUGAGCUCAGACGGGAGUGGCAAGCCGAUCAAGGUGGGCUCCCGGGUAGAGGUGAUCGGUAAGGGGUACCGCGGCACCGUGGCAUACAUCGGAGCCACCCUGUUUGCCACCGGCAAGUGGGUGGGAGUCAUUCUUGAUGAUGCCAAGGGCAAGAACGACGGCACGGUGCAGGGCAAGAGGUACUUUACUUGUGAGGAGAACCACGGCAUCUUCGUCCGACAGUCACAGAUCCAGCUGGUUGACGAUGGAGCAGACACCACUUCUCCAGAGACCCCUGAACCCUUGGCUUCAAAGUACCCCAAACGAGAGCUGUUGGAAACUCCUAAAUCCAGCAAACUGCGAGGAGUGAAACUCAAGAAGACCCCAACUCCCAGGAAGACCCCAGCCAGGAGGACCAAGCCGACGCGACCCCCCAGCUCGGCAGCGUCCAGUGGCACGGCAGGUCCCUCUGGGUCAGCCUCAGCCUCCGGGGGGGACAUGAGCAGCAGCGAGCCCAGUACCCCUGCCCAGACCCCCCUGGCAGCACCCGUGAUCCCCACCCCUAGCAUGGGGCUCACAUCUCCAGGAGCUCACCCUCAUCCGACUCCCAGCAAGGAGGAGGAGGCCCUGCGUGUUCAGGUGAAGGACCUGGAAGAAAAGCUGGAGACUCUGAAGAUGAAGCGCAGCGAGGACAAGGCCAAGCUCAAGGAGCUGGAGAAGUAUAAGAUCCAGCUGGAGCAGCUGCAGGAGUGGAAGGGCAAGAUGCAGGAGCAGCAGGCUGACUUGCAGAAGCAGCUAAAGGAGGCCAAAAAGGAAGCCAGAGAGGCUCUGGAGGCGAAGGAUCGCUACAUGGAGGAGAUGGCAGACACAGCGGACGCGAUCGAGAUGGCGACUCUUGACAAGGAGAUGGCUGAGGAACGAGCCGAGUCCCUGCAGCAGGAGGUGGACUCCCUGAAAGAGAAGGCGGAGGAGCUGACCAUGGACCUGGAGAUCCUCAAGCACGAGAUUGAGGAGAAAGGAUCUGACGGAGCUGCCUCCAGUUACCAUGUGAAACAGCUGGAGGAACAGAACGGCAGACUGAAGGAGGCACUUGUCAGGAUGCGAGACCUGUCGGCCUCAGAGAAGCAGGAGCAUGUGAAGCUGCAGAAGCAGAUGGAGAAGAAGAACUCAGAGCUGGAGAUCCUGCGGCAGCAGAAGGAGAAGCUGGUGGAGGAGAUGACGCAGGCCGAGAAGAUCAUCGAUGAGCUCAAGGAGCAGGUUGAUGCUGCUCUGGGUGCAGAGGAGAUGGUGGAGACACUAACAGAGAGAAACCUGGAUCUGGAGGAGAAAGUGAGGGAGCUGAGAGAAACUGCUAGUGACCUGGAGGCCAUCAACGAGAUGAACGAUGAGCUGCAGGAGAAUGCUCGGGAGACAGAGCUGGAGCUGCGGGAGCAGCUGGACCUGGGCAGCGUGCAAGUCAGAGAGGCUGAGAAGAGGGUGGAGGCUGCGCAGGAGACCGUCGCUGACUACCAGCAGACCAUCAAGAAGUACCGGGAGCUGACCGCACACCUGCAGGAGGUGAACCGCGAGCUGAUGAGUCAACAGGAGGCCUCAGCAGAACAGCAGCAGCAGCAGCCUCCUGCAGAAAUGUUCGACUUCAAGAUCAAGUUUGCAGAGACCAAGGCCUACGCUAAGGCAAUCGAAAUGGAGCUGCGGAAGAUGGAGGUGAGCCAGGCGAACCGGCAGGUGUCUCUGCUCACCUCCUUCAUGCCAGACUCCUUCCUGCGCCACGGGGGCGACCACGACUGCAUCCUGGUGCUGCUGCUCAUCCCCCGCCUCAUCUGCAAGGCUGAGCUGAUCAGCAAGCAGGCCCAGGAGAAGUUUGACCUGAAUGAGAACUGCGUGGCAAGGGCAGGCCUGCGGGGAGCGGUGGGAGAGCAGCUGAGCUUCGCUGCAGGGCUGGUGUACUCGCUCAUCCUGCUCCAGGCAACCCUGCACAAAUACGAACAAGCUCUGAACCAGUGCAGCGUGGAGGUUUAUAAGAAGAUUGGCACGCUGUAUCCAGAGAUGAGUGUCCACGAGCGCUCCCUGGAUUUCCUGAUUGACCUCCUGCACAAGGACCAGCUGGACGAGACUGUCAAUGUGGAGCCCCUCACCAAGGCCAUUAAAUACUACCAGCACUUGUACAGUAUCCACCUCACAGAACAACCUGAGGACUGCACCCUGCAGCUUUCUGACCACAUCAAAUUUACCCAGAGUGCCUUGGAUUGCAUGGGAGUGGAAGUUGGCAGACUUCGGGCCUUCCUUCAUACGGGACAAGAAGCUGCAGAUCUUGCCAUCCUUUUGAAGGAUUUGGAGACGUCCUGCAGUGAUAUCCGGCAGUUCUGUAAGAAGAUCCGCCGCCGCAUGCCUGGGACAGACGUGCCUGGUAUCCCAGCGGCACUCACCUUCGGACCGCCGGUGUCGGAGACCCUGCUGGACUGUCGGAAGCACCUGACCUGGGUGGUGGCAGUGCUGCAGGAGGUAGCUGCAGCCGGGGCCCAGAUGAUCGCCCCACUCACUGAGCAGGAGGGUCUGUCUGCACUCAAACUGGAAGACAUGGCCUUCAAAGCAGGGGAACAGAUCUAUGGUGCCCAGGGUGUCAGCCCCUACGACUGCCUGCGCCAGUCGUGCAGCAUUGUCAUUGCCACCAUGAACAAAAUGGCAACAGCCAUGCAGGAAGGGGAGUAUGAUGCCGACAGACCUCAGAACAAGCCAACUCCUCCAGUGGAGCUGAGAGCAGCAGCACUAAGAGCAGAGAUCACUGAUGCAGAGGGGCUGGGGCUCAAAUUGGAGGACAGAGAGACAGUCAUCAAGGAGCUUAAGAAGUCCCUCAAAAUCAAGGGUGAGGAGUUGAGCGAAGCCAGUGUUCGUCUGAGUCUCCUGGAGAAGAAGCUGGACAGCUCCUCGAAAGACGCAGACGAGAGGGUGGAGAAGAUCCAGACCAGGCUGGACGAGACCCAGGCGCUGCUCAAGAAAAAAGAGAAGGAGUUUGAGGAGACGAUGGAUGCUCUCCAGGCCGACAUCGACCAGCUUGAGUCGGAGAAAGCAGAACUGAAGCAACGUCUCAACAACCAAUCCAAAAUGACCAUCGAUGGUCUGCAAAGGCCGCCCGCUUCGGGGAUCGCUUCCAUCGUCACUGGUGUUGCAUCGGAGGAACAGCAGAAAGGGGUCGGCAGUAUGCAGUCCAUGGGCGGUGGCUCUGGCCCAGUCCAGGUGAUCGACUCUCCUCUGCUGCUCCAGCAGAUUGAUGCCCAGCGACUCGGCAUCAAAUAUCUCAAGAACGAGAACAACCGGCUCAAGGCUGAGAAGAUGAACGCUCAGUUGGCAUCCCUGCCGCCUCUGCGUGUUUCCAAACUGCCUUUGAAGGAGGGAGUGAACACAGACCUGCAGUCCAACCCCCUGUACCGCAAGACCAGCCAGCUGCUGGAAACGCUACUGCAGAUGAGCGCCAACAUGAAAGUGGUGGACAUCACCGGAAAAAACACCAGGUCAGUAAGCCCUACUGCACAGUUGAUGGAGCAGACGGCCCGUCUCAAGAGUCUGAGUGACACACUGGACAGACUGAAGGAUGAAGUGGCCGAGCACGUGGUGUCCCAGCGCCCCGGCGCCCGCGUGCCUUCGGACUUUGCCACUUUCCCCUCCUCCUCCUUCGUCAAGGCUCAAGUGGAGCAGAAGGACGACACUGUGCUCAUAGGGAGGGUGAUGUUCCCCUGUCCCCGCGGGCAGGAGCAGAUCCACAGGGUUGUCCUAACACCGCCACAGCUACACAAAGUGCACCGCCUGCUCCUCUCCACCUAGACUACUCCGUACCGCAAACCUGCACUCCCACCCCCCCUUGUUAUCUUACUGUAUUUAUGCAGGCUGCCAGUUUUCAAUGAAGCGACAUCCCAUACUGGCAUGGAAAGGUGCUGUGCUUGGGCAUAGCGGGGCUGGCACUACUUGAUGAUGACCACUUGGGACCAUUUGAAAUCAUAACUGUCCCGAUUUUGAAGAAAACAAACAAACAAAAUAAAACUCAAUAAAGCUAGUUUCAUGUGGCCUUUGUGUAAUAAGCCCUAAUUAUGCUAUAUUUUGUCAAGUGUGCGCUAAGCUUCCAAUUCCAUUAGCGGUAAGCUGGGAAAAAUAAGGAAAAUGAAUAUAUACAAAAAUAAUAAUAAAUCGAUAAUGAAUCCAAAUUCGCCAUGUUUAUGACAUGAAUUUGUUUUUUCCUGAAACCAUUUUUUUCUUUGCUAAAACAUUAAUUGGGCUGCAAGUCUGUGUGAGUCUUUACUAUAACAUAGUUUGUGUGAAACAUGUUUUGGUUAUUUAUGCAUGUCAUCAGAUACACAGUGAUGCCUUGAAACUGUUUUAUGAUGUCUUGACAUAGUUAAUCGCUUACUUGUAAUGAACUACAGGAUUUUUUCAUUUGUUAAGACUGAGUUCUGACUUCCAGGCAUCUUAAAAUAAUAAGCAAGUUUUAGAUUGUAUUGGAUUUGAAGUAUAUUGCACUCUUUACACGCAUCUUAAAUAUGGCGUCAACCAACAAAAUGGGAAAAUCUACAGUGAUGUCACAUUAAAAAUUUGUUUUAAAGAGAAUGAAUUAGACAUGAUCUUGCUCUAAAUUGCUUCUUGAAUGGGGUUGUUACUGUGUUCAAUAACAAAAUAAUCAGUCGUGCUGCUGGGAGUAUUUAAAAAAUCAACCUGCAGGAUAUUUAAAACCAGUUCAUUUCAAGUGGAUGUCUAUUUUUCCAGUCUUUAAUGGAGAAUGUGUACAAGUUGAAUAAUAUACUAGGUAAUGCUUUAGUUUAGCUGUGUACGUCGUUUUAUUGUGUACUAAUCUUUGUUCGGUUUAGAUGUGUAACAACCAACAGAAUAUACACUAAGAUUAAUUUUGUUCUGAAAGUUCUUAAUGGCUGUUAUCAUUAAUUAAAACAAAUAUAUAUAAAUGUGUUUGGUAGAUAUUCUGCUUUUUUAUUACAAUAUUUUUUUGUUUGUUUGUUUGUUUUUUGUUUUUUUAAACAAGAAUCUCUUUGCAAAUCAAUGUGUGCCAAUAUGUUUCAGGACAUGAACUUGUGAUGUAAGACGCUGCCUUAGAUUUACAAUACUGCCUGCAACACUGAUCUUCUGUAUCUAGUUUAGUUAUGCUGACUACUUUGAUGACAAAUGUAUGGUGUUUGUGAAAAAUAAACUUUGCAACAGCUUUUUUCUUUUCUACAGUACAGUUAUAAACCGUCUAUAACAUUCCAUAGCAAUGUUACUUUAAAAGAAAAAUGCUUGACCCCAAAUUAGGAUAGAUGUAUAUUAAGCUUGUGUAUAAAGGUUUUUGCAUCUUUGCUUUCAGGAAUAUUUCAUAUUAAUUAGUCAUUUAGCAGGUGCUUUUAUCCAAAGCGACUUAGAGACUAGGGUGCUCAUCCGAAGGACACUUUCAAUAUAUUAUUUCGUUGACUCUUUUUUCCUGAUUUAAACUAUGGACAGUGUACGGCAUAAGAAUCUUGUUGCACAGCAGUUACGCCUUUACAAUGAGCCGAUUUAGCUCUGCAUAACUGGCCAAACCUAUAGGAACAGCAACUUUAGAGAGGACAGAAAGCUCUCCAAAUUACCUAACCAAAUAAGUUAUUCACAUCCCUAUGCACUUCAUUUUAUCAGAACAAGGGAGACUGGGAUUGAUUCAGGAGCACAUUGCAGUAAGUCUUGGAAACUUUUAUUGAUCAUUUAAACUUUUUUUAAUUAGUCAACUUUGCAAUGAAUUGUUUUGAGAGUUGUUUUAUUUCAACCCGACAGUUGCCUAAAGCAAUUGUAACAUUAAUGUCUGUUCCAACAAUGCAUCAUAUAAUGCUGAGGGAAAGAGCAAUUAUUAUUUGUAGCUAGAAUUACAUGUGUAAGGAGCAGAUUUAAAUCAGAAUUAAUAAUUAAACAUUUUUCUCUUUACUUGAAUCAUAUUCCAGCAUACGACUUAUUUUAUUUUCCAGAAAUCACCCAUUCUCCUUUGCACUACUUCCACUUUGGUGCUUUAAACCUAUUGAGACCUUGAGCAGCCUAUCGGUGAUGAGGAAGAAGUGUUUUAGCCCUAUACAGUGCUUUUGUGUAACUGAUUUCCCUUCCCUUGUAUCCACGAUCUAGUGAGUGCAUGUGUUGAGGCAAAACAUUGUACUGUAACCAUCAAGUUAAUAAAGCUUUACUAGAGUGGUGAA